CAUCAGCAACAGCUUCAUCAUCAUCAUCAGCAGCAGCAACAGCAGCAGCAGCAACAACAACAACAACAACAACAACAACAACAACGUGUUGCAAGCAGUAGCCUGCAACACCAGCAACAGCAACAUGAUAAUGGACCAACGUCCCAUCAUUUGCAUCAAUCAUCAGCCUCCAAUCAACAGCAGCAGCAACAAAGUAAAGCAGUGCAACAGCAACACCAACAACACCAAAAGCAGCAACACCAACAACAACAGCAGCAACAACAACAACAACAACAACAACAGCAGCAGGCUGCCAAUAUGUCCGCGUAUCAGCAGCGUCUGCCAGCCGGUGCAUCAUCGAUUCACAGGUCGUACAGGGCCUUGGAGCAGUCGCAGCAGUAUGCCAAGAGUCUGGGACACCUGCAGCAGUCACACCAUGCCCCACAGCAGCAGCAGCAGCAGCAACAGCAGCCACCACCCACAUCCCAGCAGCAGCAGCAGAUGCACCACCACCAGCAGCAGCAGCAGCAGCAGCAUCACCACCAGCAGCAGCAGCAGCAGUCGUCACGUACCGCGGCCAGUCCGUUGUCGCCUCCACGUUCGGGUCCACCCGGCGGCAGCAGCAGUGCGGCAGCAGCGGCCGCUGCAGCGGCGGCCGUCAAUAAUUACACAAAGUUUGGCGAGGCGCCGCCCCCGCCCCAGCAUAGGUUCAUUACGCAGCCGGCGUUUAGCAUCGCACCGGCGCCCACCUACCGCGAGAAUCCCUACACACGCCUCACCCAGAUGCAGCAGCAUCAGCAGGCGGCCAUGCCGGAGUACCAGCGGGCAGCUCGGGCGGCGGUGGCGGCAGUGGCUGCCGGCGCUGGCUGUAAGCCGGGCCAGGGCCAGGGCCAGGGUCCGGGACAGGGACAGGGCUCGAGCAGCGGCUCCAACACGGGCGGCGGCGGUGGCGGUGGCAGCGGCGGAGUGGUUCAGGUGCCGUCCGGCGGGGUGCUGGUCAUGGAGGCCAUGUCCCACUAUCCCAAUCAGCCAGGAUCCUCCGUUUCCAGCCAACAGCAGCAGCAGCAGCAACAGCAGCAGCAGCAGGGAGGAGGCAGCGGUGGCCCCGGAGCGGGCGCUGGCAGCGGCGGAGGCAGCAUAAUGGUGGGCAAUCUAGGGCACAUCCUCAUGCCCCGCUCACAGGCGCUGCAGUACACCAGCGAAUACCUAACCAAUGCCACAGCAGCAGCCGUGGCAGCGGUGCAGGUCAACCAGCGUCAACAGCAACAGCAGCAGCAGCAGCAGCAGCAGCAACACCAGCAGCAGGCGGAACCCUUUGGGUCAGGCGGUGGCAGCCAGCAACCGUAUAAGAAACAGCGGCUGAGCGAUGGCAAUCCCAGUGGCCUGAAUCAUCUGCCAUCACCCCACCAGCAGCAGCAGCAGCAACAUCAACAGCAGCAGCAGCAGCAACAUCACCAGCAACAUCACCAGCAGCAGCAACAUCAUCAUCAACAGCAGCAGCAACAUCACCACCAGCAGCAGCAACAUCAGCAACAGCGAUCCUCGCCAGCGCAGAUGCAGGCGCAGAUGAACAGCAGCCAGCGGCAGAGCAAUCACGAGCUGCACCGCCACAUGGCAGCGGCAGCGGCAGCAGCAGCAGCAGCAGCAGCAGGUGCUGGUCCCCCAAUGGGAAUGCAACUGAAGGUGGAGACGAUGCCGCCGCAAAUGUCCUCAGCGGCGUCGAACACGUCACGUAUGCCGCCCUCGUCCAGCACCACAACAAUGGCCACGGGCAUGGGCAUGGGCAUGGCCAUGGGCAUGAGCACGGUGACGGUGUCCACAGCAGUGCCGAGCAGCAAUAGCAGCAGCAGCAGCAGCAGCGCUGGACCGUCCACAUCCGCAGCAGCGGCAGCAGCAGCGGCAGCGGCAGCAGCUGGCAGCAGUACUGAGGCCUACCAUCCGCAGGUGGAGGCCAUCUCGCCGACGCUGCCCAGCGACAAUGCGAUCGACGAGCGUGGCCGGACCACCGCCAAGGAGGAUUUGCUGAUGCAGAUCCAAAAGGUGGACAAUGAGAUCAAAUCCGCGGAGACGGGCAUGGAGGCGUUGCGGAAGAAGGAGAAGACGCUCAUGGAGUGGGCGGCGCAGGCCAAGCAGAAGAAAAACGUUGUGGCCAGCACAACAACAGCAGCCAACAACAACAACAACAGCAGCAGCAACAAGGACAACAACAAGAGCGUGGAGCUGGAGGUGGUGGAUCUGUCGAUGCGCAGCCAAAUGCUGGCCGAAAAGAUUUACGCGGCGAACCGAGCGACGGCCCUGGAUCGACAUUCCCUGCUGCAUCGUGCCGCUGGCUACGCACUCGAUGGGGCAGAGAGCAGCGGGGAGCAACAGCAGCAGGAGAAACAGGAGCAGGAGCAGGAGCAGGAGCAGGAGCCCUUUAUGCCGCUGUACAACCAACCGCUGGAUGUGGAGUCGCUGGCAUUGCUGAUAAAGCAUCAUCACAGCCACGUGAAGACGCCGCUGCUGCAGCACAUACGAAAGAUCAAGGCGGAGCGGUGCCAGCACCAGCAGACGCUGGUCGAUAAGUAUGCCAAGGAUCAGGCGGACUGGCAGCGGCGCUGCGAGCGGGCGGAGACGAGCGCCAAGCGCAAGGCGCGCGAGGCCAAGAAUCGCGAGUUCUUCGAGAAGGUGUUCACGGAGCUGCGCAAGCAGCGGGAGGACAAGGAGCGCUUCAAUCGCGUGGGGUCGCGCAUCAAGUCGGAGGCGGAUCUCGAGGAGAUCAUGGACGGGCUGCAGGAGCAGGCGCUCGAGGACAAGAAGAUGCGCUCGUACGCGGUCAUACCGCCGCUCAUGCACGACGCCCGCCAGCGCCACUGCGCGUACCACAACGAGAAUGGCCUCAUCGAGGACAUGUCCACCGUGUACAAGCAGCACAACGCCGUCAAUCUGUGGACGGCCGGCGAGAAGGAGACCUUCAAGGAGAAGUAUCUGCAGCACCCGAAGAACUUCGGCGUGAUAGCCGCCAGCCUCGACCGCAAGUCCCCGCAGGACUGCGUCCGCUACUACUACCUCAGCAAGAAGCAGGAGAACUACAAGCAGCUCCUGCGCAAGUCCCGCCAGCGCACGCGCAGCUCCCGCAACCCGGCCAAGGCCCAGGCCGCCCAGCCGCAGUGCAUCAUCGACUCGCUGACGACGGGCGUCACCACGCGGCUGCAGCGCGAGCAGCAGCAGAAGUCCGGUGGCCGCUCCUCGGCCAUUGCGGAGCGCGAGCGGGCCGAACGGGCCGCCGAGCGGGAGCGUGUCGCGGAGAAGGCUGCCGCCGAUGCGGCCAAGGCGGCCGAAAGUGCCGCCGAGAAGGCUGUCGAGGCGAUUGUCGUCAGCGAGAAGGUGGCCAAGGCGGCGGCUGCCGCUGCCGCAGCUGCCACUACGGCGAUGCCCUCAACAUCGGCGGCAGCAGCAGCCGCAUUGGCGGCAGCCGAAAAGGCAGAGCUGGCCGUGCAGGCCGCCAGCGGGAGCAGCGAGAAGAAAGCAACAGCAGCAGCAGCAGCAGCAGCAGGAGCCACCGCCGCAGCAGCAGCCACCGCUGCAGCUGCAGCUGCACCCACAGCGGGCGUGACAUUAAAUGGCUUUAAGCCCGGCUACCAGAGCGUAGUGAUGGCCAACGUGAAGACUUCCUCCGCCUCCUCCUCCUCCUCCUCGUCCGCUGUGGUCGGCAGCAGCAGCGAAGAUGCGGCAGCUGCAGCUGCAACUGUAGCCGCAGCUGGGGCUCCUGGCGGUGCGGCGACUAAUGCAACGAGCGGCGAUAAAAUCGGCGUCAAGCAGGCGCCCGCAGCGACAGCGGCCGCCGGCAGCGUUGCGUUUGCCCUGCCGCCCAGCUCGACAGCCUCAGCGGAGCAGCAGGCGGCUGUGGGUGUGGGUGUGGGUGUGGGUGUGCCCACAUUGACGACGGCCACCACGGCGGGCAAUUAUCUUGGCCAGAAGCUGAAGGCCGCCCAGGUGGAGGGCCUGGGCGCCGGCAACGAGCUGCUCACCGAUGUCAGUGAUUCCAAGCGAAAGCGUUACAGCGAGCUGACUGCCAACGAGGUGCAUCAUCCGCAUGGCAACAGCAACAACAUUAAGGCGAAUGCCAAUGCCAAUGCCAAUGCCAAUGCCAAGGACAUCAGCAAGCUGCCAUCCUCAUCCUCAUCCUCAUCGGCAGCUGCAUCCUCGUCGGCUGGAUCGAUGCCCACAGCUGCUGGUUCCAUGGUUAAUUCAUCUCCGCACAUCUCCGACGUCUCCUCCAUAAUGUCCACUUCGGCGGCGAGCGGUGCGCUCACCACAUCGACCACAUCCACAGCCACCGCAGCAGGAUCGUUGGCCGAUGGCAGCGGGAAUGCAGCCAAUAACAUGGAGGGCCUAGCACUCGAUGGCAAAGAUAAACUGGCCAACUGUUUUGUGUGCAAGGCGGAGGCUUGUCCAAGGACGCGUCCACUGAAGAAGGGACGCGGCCAGCAGUAUGGCAUACCGGAUGAGUCGAUACCGGCGGGCGCGCGGGUGUGCAACAGCUGCCAGUGCAAAUCGGUGCGGAACCGCUACCCGAACUGUCCAUUGUCCACGUGCCCCAAUCCCAAGGAUCGGGCCCAGCGGCUGCGCAACAUACCGUCGCGUCUGUUCGAGCUGGCGCCCGAGUUGCGGGAUCCGGUGAUGGCCGAGUUCCAGAUACCGCCCCAUGCCACGCGCUGCUGCUCCGCCUGCCUCAUGCGCAUUCGCCGUAAGCUCGAUCCUCAGCUGAAUCUCACGGACGCUGCCGGCGGUGGGGGCAGCGGCGGCGAUGAGACAGAUGUCAGCACCUCGUCCUGCGACGAGCGGGAGCCUGGCGGCUCGGACACCGCCUCCGUGGAGAGUCCCGAGAAUCUGCAGCGACACAAACCUUUGACCCUGACCAAGCAGCAACAGCAGCAGCAGCAGCAGCAGCAUCAGUUGGGUAUACAGUUGCCACAGCCACCGCCACCAGUGCCCCAGCAGCUGCAGGAUUCACACCAGCAGGAGCAGCAGCAGCUCAUGCAUCUGCGGCAACAGCAGCAGCAACUCCUUCACCAGCAACAGCAACAGCAACAGCAGCAGAAACCCUCGUCAGUGGGGAUGCGCGGCAUGGCCGAACUGCCGCUCAUCAUAACACCCACGCGAAUGAGCUCCAAGUCAUCGGGAGCGGACAAUGAGCGGCUGCUGCCACCGGCUGCCGGACAGGCGCCCAAGAAGCAAAAGACCAGCGAGGAGUACGACUCCUCGGCCACGGAGACGGCUGACGAGGAGAAUGAGAACUCGCCGGCCAAUCGGCAGAGCCCCAAGGUGCUGUUCAAUGCGGCCCAUGCCCACGGACACGGACACGGACAUGUACACGGACACGGUCACGGACACGGACACGGACAUCCGCAUGCCCAUGGCCACGGGCACGGGCACAGCCAUGCGCACGGCCACGGACAUGGACACGGUCAUGGCAGCAACAACGUCGGCGGAUUGCAGCCACCAAAUGCCGCCGGGGGAGUGGGCGUGGUAAUGGGAGGAGUGCCGCCUGGCAUGGCUCCCAACAUGGCAGUUGGCGGACAGCAGCAGCAGCAGCAGCAGCCGCCACCCAUGAAUGGACCCAUCAGCAUGCGCCGCGAGGCAGUCAACAAUGUGCAGGAUUGUGUCUUCUCCGUGAUAGAGCGAUCGCUGAAGAAGGUCCCAGAACGCAAGCAAUCCUCGCAGCAGCAGCAGCAGCAGCAGCAGCAGCAAUCCUCGACAGCUGGCGGUAUGGCAACCAGCCAGCAGCAACAGCAAUCCGCUCAGCAGCAGCCUCCACCCUCGCAGCAUCCAAACAACUUGGAGCGCAAGGAGUUGACCAUUGUCCGGGAAUAUCGACAGGAUGGGAAUGCGGCUCUACUCAAGCAGCAGCAGGCGGUGUCCAGCGGCCUGCCACAUGGCACCUCCGUGCAGAAGCUGCCGUCGCGUCCAGCGGCUGUGCCACCGCCCUCAUCCUUGAGCAGCAGCAGCAGCAGCGGCGGCAAUGGCGGCGGCACCAACAGCAGCAGCAGCAGCAGCAACAGCAGCAGCGGCGGCGGCGGCGGCGGCGGCGGCGGCGACAAUCUGGCCACCCUUUCCGUCGUGAACUCUGCCCAUUUGGGGGGUGUCGUCGGCGGUGUGGGUCCGCUGACACAUCCCGGACUUAUAGGCCAUCCAGUGGCCACCACUGUCGGGGACAAGGCCACCAUUACGCCCGUCGUGAAGAGCGGAAUGGGUGCUGGGUCCAAGUCCAGCCACUCGGCACCGCCGCCACCCGAGACGAUCAUCUACAAUGUGCCGACCAGCCAUGGGCCGCCACCCACCCAUCCGCAGCGGGGAGUGCCGCCGCCGAGCCAGCAGGUGUCCGAUUCGGAGCCGCAAACACUCGAUCUGAGCAUCAAGAAGACGCCCAGGGACAGGGACAGAGAUAGGGACAGGGACAGGGACGGUCACUCGCCCCACACGGGACCUGGCGGAUCGGGUGGCUCUGGUGGUCCCGGCGCUGGCUCGGAGCGUCACCUCGUGCCGCCGCCCUCCAUGUCCAGCACCAUGAAGCACAUUGUCCGCUCCACGGCCAUGUAUCGCGGCGAGGCUGUCUCCGUGCCCAGCCUGGCCACGGCCGGCUCCUACAUGUACCAGCAGCCGCACGGCCCGCUCAAGGUAACGGGCGGCCUCGGCGUGGGACCACUGGCCGGCACCGGGCCCGGCACGGGCAGCUCCAUCUAUGUCCAGCCCGUACCCGUACCUGUACCCAUCUCCAUCGGCCAGGGACAGAUGCCGCCGCGCUCCAGCCAGCCGCCGCCGCCAGCCCAGCCGCAGCAUCAGUCCCAGCCACUGAGCAGCGGUCGCGUGUCCUCGAAGGUGCAGCCCAAGCUGAGUCCGCAGCAGGCGCAUCACUUGCAUCCAGCACAUGCCCAGCACGGACCACAUGGACCACCCCAUCCGUCGCACCAUCCAGCGCACCCCUCACACGCCUCGCCCUCCCAGCAGCAGCAGCAGCAGCAGCAGCAGCAGUUGCUGGUCAAGAGCGGCUCCAUCACGCACGGAACGCCGGCAAAUAGCGCCCAGCAGCAGAUAAUUGUGCACGCGGCGACCUCCUCCUCGAUGCUCAGUCCCAAAUUCGAGAGCAUGGUGCGGCAGACGCCGCCGGGCGUGGUGUGUCCGCCGGACAGCGGCAAGCAUGGCUCCAUCACGCAGGGCACGCCGCUCCAUCUGCCGCAGCAUCAUCUGGACAGCAAGCGGGCGUACGAUUUCUACAAGAGCUCGCAGCGCCACAGUCCCGCACAGGCGGGGCCUGGCUCUGGGCCGGGUGGGCCCGUGCCCGGGCAGCUGCCGCCACCGCCGCAGCAGUCCUCGCCGCAGGCGCCACCGCCGCAGGGCUACGGCGUCUGCGUGGGCUCGCCCUAUGCGCGCUCACCCUUCGGCAGCGUCGUGGAGCAGGCACCGGUGCUGAGCACGCGCCAGAUUGUGACGCACGACUACAUCACCUCGCAGCAGAUGCAGGGGCAGCAGCAGCAGCAGCGCAAUGUGUCCCGUGGCAGCGCCAGCGACAAGGACAAGGAGUCACCGUCGCCGCGCAACAGCGUGGGCAGCAGCAGCGGCGGCGGCUUUGCCUACGACAAGGAGCCAACGCCGCGCGGCAGGCCCGAGUACUCGAGUCGCGCCUCCCCAGCCGAUCAUGCCAACAGCACUCCCAGUCCGCAUCGCACGCCACCGCCGCAGCGUCAGGGCGUCAUACAGCGCCACAACACGGGCUCCAAGCCACCAUCGCCUGCGGCACCGCCGCGCAUGCACAUCGUGACGCCGUAUCAGUAUCCGCCAGCUGGCCACGAUGCUUUGGCCUCGUUUGUGGAUGUGGCCGUGCAGCAGCCGCAGCUGCCGGUGCCCUCGCAGAAGGGCGAUAAAUCGCCGGGCUCCUCGCAGCCGGGCGGCGGUGGAGGAGCACCAGGUCCGGGCAAUCCACAUGCCGGACCACCGGCACCGCCGCCACAUGCGGUGGCCGUUUCGCAGGUGCCGCCAGCGGCACACCACGAAAUGCGCUACCGCGACCUGGCCAUGCACCAUCAGCAAAUGGCCGCAGUGGUGGCCGUGCACCAGCAGCAGUUGGUCCAGCACCAGCAGUAUCGCCAGCACAUGAACGCCAUGCACCUGCAGCGCAGUGCGCGCGACCAGCGGCAGCAGCUGCAGCAGCACAACCAUGCCAUCGAGCGGGACCGGGAGCUGCUGCAGAACCAGGAGCGAAUGCAUCGCGAGAGGGAUCGCGAGCGAGAGCGCGAACGGGAGCGCGAGCGCGAACGAGAGCGCGAACGAGAGCGAGAGCGGGAGCGGGAGCGGGAGCGAGAGCGCCGCGAGCAGGACAGGGAACGGCGCGUGGUGGCCGAGGAGCGGGAGCGCCGCAUGGAGCGGGAUCGCAUAUUCGCCAGCGGUGUUGUCAGUGCACCCGGACCCGGUGGCCCACCGCCGCCGGGACAUUACAUACGAGCGCCAGUGCCCGAGACGGGACCACCACGAUCCAUCCCAGAUCGGGAGCGAGAAUAUUAUCGUCCGCCGCCACAUGCCAGCCAGCCGACAGAGGACACGCCCGGACAGCUGAGUGCCCAGAGCCUGAUCGAUGCCAUCAUCAAGCACGAGAUAAGCCGCACCAAUGACGCCACCGGUGGCACGGGUCGCGAGUUUCCACGCCCCUCAUUCCAACUUCUUCUGCCCAAUCCACAGCAAUUUCAUCGCCAGCCGCUGGAGCUGGCAGCGGAGAACAAUGGCAAAGCGAACUCCCAGUCACCGAAUGUCAUCAACAUAGACCUGGAUCAGGAGCGCCUCUCGGCAGCCGCUGCCGCAGCCACCGCUGCGAUCCAACAGCAACAGCAGCAGCAGCAGCAGCAGCAGCAGCAGCAGGGUCCUCCGCCACAGCAGCAGCAGCAGCAGCAGCAGCAGCAGCAGUCGAGUCAGUCGAGAUCCGUGCAUGGAUCGAUGCGCGGACAGCCGCACACGCCCACAUCCCAGGCGCAGGGCCCUGGCCCGGCACCCAGUCCACAGCAGAUACACACCAAGAGCAUCACCUUCGGGGAGCUGACCGAUUCGAUAAUCACCAACGAUUACGUCUCCAAUCCGCACAUGCGACCCACGCCGCCCUUUAUGACCUACAUGGAGGGUCCGCCGCAGGCGAUGUUGCCGCCAGAUCGCUGGAAGCAGAAUCGACGCAUGCAGCACAAGGCCGAGGAGGCGAAGCAUCAGGCGCAGCAGCAGCAGCAACAGCAGCAGCAGCAGCAGCAGCAGCAUCACCACCAGCAGCAGCAGCAGCAGCACCAACAGCAACAGCAGCAACACCACCAGCAACAGCAGCAGCAAGGCAUGCCCGUUGGCGGAGCACCCAGUGUGGGUCCAGGCUCAGCCGGUGGUCCGCCUGGGGGCAGGGCAAACACGCCCGAAGAUGGACGCAACAUUAUCCGCAUGCCGCAGGCGGUCAGUCCACGCAAGUACGCCCACGAGCUGAUGCUCCAUCAGGCGGCUGUGGUGGCCGCGGCUGGCGUGGAGCCCGGCCACUACUUCCUGCCCGGGCCCGGGUCGGUGGUGGGGCGCGUUGGCGUUCCGCCGCCACCCGAUCAGCGUGUGCCGGGCGGAGGCGGUGCCGGCGGCUCGGUGACGACCAUCGACAACUACGUGAAGAAUCGCAUCGCGGAGGUGAUGCGCGACGACAUCUAUGCCAAGAACCGCAUCGUGGAGGUGCGCUCGGACGAUGAUCCCGGCGAUCUGGUGGCCCAGUCGCAUGCAGCCGCAGCAGCGCACGCCGCACACAUGGCCCACGCGGCAGCCGUGGAGCACCAGCAGCAGCAGCAGCAGCAACGCAGCAAGGAUGCCCAGCAGCAGCAGCAGCAGCAGCAGCCGCCAUCGCAUGAGAUUAGCGUGUCCCGGAAGACGCCCAACCAGUACGAGGUGGUCGAUGGCAGCGGACGCCGCUCGGGCGGUGCUGGCUCCAACAGCCACCAUCCGUCGGCGUACCAUCCGCCACCGCCGGCCUUUGCGGCCAGCACCUACACCUACCCGUUCAGUGCAUUGACCGUGCCCAGCGCUGCGGGCGGGCUGCCACCGCCGCCGCAGGCCAUGCAGCUGGCGCACCAGCCAGCGCCGCCCAGCCACCUGAGCGCCAAAGCCAAGGCGGCGCACGCCCUGAGCGAGCUUGGGGGCGCGGGCGGGGGCGUCAGUCUAGUGGUGGGCGGCGGCGGAGCCGGCCUCGGACCUGGUGGCGUGGGUGGCCCGGGGGGCGGUGGCGGUGGCGGUGUCGGCGUCGGCGGACAGGGAGGCGGCUCCCUCAGUGCCAGCGUCUCAUCGGCCGCUGCAGCGGCAGCGGCAGCAGCAGCAGCGGCCAGCGAGCCGAAGCCUCUGCUGUCGUCCAAGUACGAGGCGCUCAGCGACGAAGAUUAGUUGUGACUGCAGGCGUCGUCGUCGGGUCUACGACAUCUGACGGCAGCAGCGACGGCGCCUCCAGCAGCAGCAUCAGCAGCAGCAGCAGCAGCGGCCGCGGCAGCGGCAGUCAAUCCCCUCAGCCCGCUGAGCCUGGUCUACGGCUACGGCUAUCGACGCCACCAUCCGCCCGUGCCGCCGGCGCACACUCAUCCGCACGCGCUGCCGCUACCGCUCCCGCUCACACAUCAGCAUUCGCAUCCGCAUGCCCAGCAGCUGCCGCUCCCGCUGGCCCUAACGACGACGCAUCAGCAGGCAUCGCCGCGACAUCACUACCAGCCGACGGCGCUACCACCACCACUGCAGUCGCAGCAGCAGUCGCAGCAGCAGCAGCAGCAGCAGCAACAUCAUCAUCACCAGCAGCAGCAGCAGCAGGCGGCACAGGAGGCGGCGCAGCGAGCGCAUCAGCAAGCGGCGUUGGCGGCGCAGGAAGUGGCGCAGCAGCGAGCGGCGCAGCAGCGGGCGCUGUACUAUGCGAGCGAGCAUUAUGCGGCCAGCGGCGGUGGCAGCGCUGCGGGCGGCGGUAAUCCAGGCUACUACUGACACCAGCAAGAUCGUAUGUAAGCGAUACCCUAAACGUAACGGAAUGCACACCAACACCAACACACACGCGCGACUGA